ACCCAGCUUUGGUCAUCUUCCUCUUCCAGCUGACCUGUCAUAAAACAUGCACUUGACUUGGUGUGAGAAGACCAAGCUCAGGAGAGACACUUCCCUCUGCUCUGGGUAGGACCAGCUCGCUCUCCAAACCAGCAGCGCUGGGAUAAGUACCACACUCCUUUGGCUCUGCCUUUCUCCAUUCCUUCAGGAAGUGUUUGUGCUGGACUCAGGUGGACACAAGGAGAGAAAAUGCCUUCCUUGAUGACUGCUCUGUGGAGGCUGAUCAUUCCCAUGAUUGUCCUGCCACACUUCUCAGCAUCUCUCCCAACCCAGGAGAGGACUGAGAGGCAUGCUGAUGGGCUCUUCCACAGUGAGCUCAGCAAGAUGAAUGGCAAUGCCUACAUGCGGCAGCUGGUCAAGAAUCUGGUGGGCCUCAAGGAAAGGUCCCAGAGGCACUCGGAUGGGCUGUUCACCAGCGAGUACAGCAAGAUGAGAGGAAAUGCUCAGGUUCAGAAGUUCAUCCAAAACCUGAUGGGCCGCAAGCGCAGCUCUCCAGACCCAGUCAACACAGAUGUGCAAGGGAGAGAGGAAGAAAACAGCCACGAGGAGCUUUGCUUGCUGUGGUUGUACCAGAGCUUUCUAAACACCAGCCAGUCAGACAGUGAGGCCAGGGAAGCUGCUGCCAUGACCAGCCACUUCCUUUGCCCCUUCUCCAAGCAGCUGGUUGCAAACGUGAAGGAAGACACAGACAGCUUUGACUGAAGCUGGAGGGAGCGACACAGCCAAGGAGACAGCUCUGCAUGUACAUAGCCUUGGGAAUAAACAGGGAAGCUACUGAAUUUGUUUAGGAAAAGCUCCUGAGAUCAGCAAAUUAAAAAUAAAAGAAACCCUUGUGGAAAGCAGCCAAGCCCUGGUCAAAGCUGUUAGCCUGUCCAGUCAGACAGGUGCCAGCAGGAGCUGCUGUCAGUAGAUGGAGCCUGAAGGAAGCAUUUGGCUUCCACUUCAUGCUAGCAUCUGGCUGCCUGCUUCUGAAGCCAAAUAAAGA